AUGGAGGGCGCAAAGCGACUCAAUCUUGCGGUCAACAUCAUACGGAAGAACAGGGCAGUGGGCAUCGUCCCCACGCAGCCCACCAUUUACGAGGUACUUGAGGACAUCGCCCUCACCAUCCAGACCCAGCUGGUGGCCAAGGUGCCUUUCUGCGCCUUCAACGGCGGUAACGACGUGUUCGUGGAUGUGGGCAACAAGCUGCUUGGACUGGAGGCCCUCACCAGAUACCUGAAGGUCACGCCGCCGGAGGUCUUGCAUGUGGGCGACCGCUUCACCGAUAGCGGCAAUGACGUCGCCACCAGGGACAUCUGCUCGGUGCUGUGGGUAGCCAAUCCCGAGGAAACAGGCUUCUUCAUAAAAAUGCUGCUCAAAGAUAUCCGAAAGAGCAGAUGGCAGCCGUACAUCGAGUAG